AAGUAUGUAAAGCGUCUCCUGAUCUACUCCAUCAAACAAGCAAACCCUCCCCUACACCAUCACUGCAGCGCCCUUCGACCCCACACACCAAUCCAGCGCCUAUCACGACCCAAUUGACAAGACUUACCCAAACACACCGUUGGCCGGCGCGAUGCCGCGACUCUCGACCCGCACGAUCCUCCAAGCGUACGCGCAAGACGCACUGCUCCCGCUGCUGCUCCGCGAAUGCCGGACUGUUGACUCGGCCCGCAGCGAACUCCGCUGGCUCCGCCAACACGCGAUCGACCUCACCCAACAACGCAAAGAACAACGCUAUCGACGCCUCCAACAAGCCCGCAAAACCGGCCAAGCAUCCGAAGGACCACAUUCACCCCGGAAUACACAACCCCACCGUAAAGCCACGCACCGCCACGCGCCCGAAAACGCCCCCCCAAAGGGCUGGCGCCGCACGCUGCGCACCCUCUGCCGCGCCCGCUCGCGCGGCACUCCGCUGCAAUAUCUCCUCGGCGACCAACCGUUCGGCGACCUGACCAUUCUCUGCCAGAAGGGGGUCCUCAUCCCGCGCAACGACACCGAAACCUUCACCUACGCCGCGGCCGAGCAGAUCCGCCAACACUUUCCCCCUCCCAAACCCGGACCCAACCCCGCCUCCCCACCACCAUCAUCAUCACCCUCACCCCCAUCCCCAUCCCCAACAACCACCACCUCACCCCCAAACCCCUCCCCCGCACCCUCUCGCCCCCCUCAACCCCUCCGAAUCCUCGACCUCUGCACCGGAACAGGCUGCAUCACCCUCCUCCUCCACGCCCUACUCUCACCAAGCUACCCCUCCCUCAAGAUCGUGGGCAUCGACAUCCACCCGCCCGCGAUCCGCCUCGCGCAGAAGAACCUGCGCCACAACAUCACGCUCGGCGACCUACCGGCUCGCGCAUCCCAGGACGUGGAAUUCCGGCGCGCGGACCUCCUUCCCUGCAUCCCGGACUUUUGCCCCCGCGCCCAAGAUGCAUCAAAGCCGAACGGGCAAAUGGGGAGGGAAGGGGAAGGGGAAGGGGAAGGGGAAGGGGAAGGGGAAGCAAAGGUUGAAGUUGACGUGAUCAUCUCCAAUCCCCCUUAUAUCUCCCGGACAGCGUUCCUGGAUGGGACGACGGCGCGGAGCGUGCGGUUCCAUGAGCCGGUUUUGGCGUUGGUGCCGCCUUCUCCUGCUUCGGAGAAUGGCAUGGUGGAGGAGGAGGAUGUGUUCUACGCGCGGAUUGUCGGGUUGGCGGGCAGGGUUGGGGCGAGGAUGGUGGUGUUCGAGUGUGGGGAUUAUGAGCAGGGGGGGCGGGUG